AUGUCAGUCGUCAACGGAGUUGCAAUAGUGCUUCCACCACCGGAAGGCUUCGAGGUUGACUUUGCGAACCCAACGAGAAACCUAACACUGGUACGCCAGACGUAUUGGAUCUAUGGAAUUGGAACUGCUCUGGCACUUUUCUUUCUUGUGCAAAACCUUUAUGUCAAACUUUAUGUUAAUCGUAAAGUUGACACCGAGGCAGGUUGCCUCAUAGCUUCAUGGAUCAUGAGUCAGAUUGUACAGGCUCUACUGAUUUCAACGGUCGCAGCUAAGUUGACUGGUACUCAUGCUUGGGAGAUGUCACUUGAAAAGUACAAUUAUUGGACUCUUAUCUUUUAUGUUUCAUCGACGAUCUACACCCCAACAACCGGCCUCGCCAAGCUUUCUCUCCUAUGCUUUUACAACAAAGUAUCACCCGCACGAUGGUGGAUAUGGUGCACACGAAUAUCUAUAUUCGUCUUAGCAGGCUACACCGUUGCCAUUACCUUCGCCAUGCUUUUCGCCUGCAACCCAAUCCGACGCAGCUGGGAUGUCACAAUGACAGAGGGAGAAUGCGUCAAUCGACCAUAUCUAUACAUCGCCAUAGCAGCAUUGCAGAUUCUGAGUGAUGUUGGGCUUAUAAUUAUGCCUAUGCCCAUGAUUUAUGGCCUACAGAUGCCAUCGAGACAGAAGAUUGGCUUGGUGUUGAUGUUUGUAGUUGGUUCGUCUACGUUGGUCACCUCCAUCAUGCGUUUGGUUACACUGGUACCCGCCUUAUCGGACGCAGAUCAGACUUGGGCACUCAGCCAGCCAGUUUUGUGGAUCUGUGUUGAAGGAAACCUCCUUACUAUCUGUGCGUCAUUCCCAACAGCCAAGCGCUUCUUCCGUCUCGUGGCCCCCCGUUGGAUCGGCGAGUCUGAAACAAAGAGGUCGUCCCGUAACAAUGGUCUCGACCAGCAGGGACCGUCGCGAGAACAUGCUUUCCAUAACGAAAUUGUGCCGUUGGGAGACCUCAAGUUGGGCGAUGGAGAGCCCAUCGAAGUAACAAUACAAGGCGGCAAGGGGGAAGCCAGAUUGGUUAAAAAUGAGCGAGAUGAAGACACGACUGGUAGCGGGGACUCAAUUUCCAGUUUCACAGAGACUGGAAGUCAAAACCUAUCAUGGGAUCCUACGUCAGCUGGUAGUGAGAGACAACCACAUCGCAGAAUCUUACAGACGAGGACAUACCGGGUAACGAGACACUCAGGGGCGACGCUGUAG